AUGGCUUAUGGUGAGGCAGGCACUGGCCAAAAGUCCAAAAGUGAUCUAAAGUGGUUGGGCUCAGUACUCAUUCAGCACCCACUGUUCAAGCCAGAAGAGCUUUCUAGCUUUGAUCCAGCUGCAGAGAAACAUCGUCUUGACAGGUUUUUACAGACAAAAGACAAUGCUUUUUGUGAGGAGCAUGGUUGGUACAAGUCUUCUCUCAAGAUUGCCCUUCCAUUUGAAGGCUGUGCACGUGCUGGAGGCGAGGAUAAUGCUCCCAAGCUGACAGUGGACUUCUUUCAUCAAAAAAUCUCCGACAUCAUGAAAUCAGCUCUCAGAGACUCUGUGUUUGCCACAUAUAACACUACCCCUUUUGAACAGCGCUGGAAGUCAGCAGAUGGUCAUGAUCUCCGGGUUUACUCAGAGCUAUAUAGCUCUGACGCUGUUCUGGAGGCAUACCAUGAAGUUAAUGGUGUACCAAACUCUGCUGGCAACAAUUACGAGCACAUUGUUGUCCCAAUCAUGCUUUCAUUUGAUGCGACACUUCUCUCAAAUUUUGGUGAUGCCAGUCUAUGGCCUAUCUACUUGUUUAUUGGGAACCAGUCAAAGUACAUUUGUGCUAAGCCUACAAUGAAGGUGUGUCAUCAUCUUGCGUAUAUUCCAAAGCUUCCCGACAGAUGGCAGAACACCUACACUGAAAUUUACAAGAAGCCACCCACAAAGGAUGUGCACACACACAUGAAACGCGAACUUGUUCAUGCUGUAUGGGCACUGCUGCUUCGUGAUGAGGAUUUCCAGUGUGCAUAUAAAGAUGGUAUUCUCAGAAAAUGCAGCGAUGAUAUUGUUCUCCAAGCACUUAUCCAAAUAUGCACAUACACUGGUGAUUACCCUGAGAAGGCUAUACUAUGCUCUAUUAAAAAUCUGGGACGAGCGCCAUGUCCACGAUGUCUUAUCCUCAUGGGUCAGCUUGCAAAGAUGGGAAUGAAACUUGAUAUGAGGAUGAGGGUAUCAAGAGCUCGGAUUGACAGUAUUCAUCGCCAGAAUCUUGUUGAAAAGGCUCGCACACGGAUCUUUAAAAAGGGUUGUUCAGUCAACUCAAAAGCAGUGACAUCGCUUCUGGGUGAUCAGUUGUAUGUGCCCACCAGAGCAAGUUUUCUCCUACCUUUGCUCCUGCAUGGCAUCAACUAUUUUGAACUAUUCCCUGUUGACUUGCUGCAUGAGUUUGAGCUCAGCGUAUGGAAGGCUGUGUUUAUCCACCUUGUCCGAAUGGUCAUGUCUCUUGGAGGCACUGCAGUGCAGGAUGUGAAUGACCGGUAUGUAUUUAGUAUAUUCCUAGUUUACCACACUAAAAGUGGUCUAGGUAUCGUAAAAUCCCAAUGUUUGGAAAGCAAACAAUCUGUAGAUUCCAGAGGAACGUUUGUGCAAUGA